AUGUGCGACCACAUUUUAUACCCAAAUAGUAAAGAAAAACUUAAUACAAAUUUAGUCCAAUUAAACAGUGAGUGUACAUGCAAAAUCAAAGAAGACGAAAUUGUUGUAUUCGCCGAUUUGUAUCAAACUAGGAGGUUUCUUGACAUCAUUCCAAAAUUAAAAGAACCAUCAAAAUCGGAGAAAAUAAGACGAAUUGAAAAGGCGCCAAAAGAAGACAAAUUCAAAUACGAAGAAUGGCGUGUCGAACAAAAGAAGCCGAAAGCGUGUGUUGGGAUGUAUAGAGGGGAAACCACAAAGGAAAUUAAACACAGUUCUAUAGAUGAUGUUUUGAAUGAAGAUUGGAUUGAUAGUGACUCUACUGAUGAUUGUGAAGAUGUUGAAUUAGAAGGAUUAGAAAGCUAUUUAUAUAAAGAGUAA